AUGUUGACACUCACACCAGCGGCACGCAUGCUCACAGGUCGAUCGGUCAUCGCGAGCACCUCGCUUCGCACGCUCUCGACCACCCCUUUGCGCGCAGCCGGCGGAUUCAACCGACCCGGCCCACCGCCUCUCCCGCCCAAAGAGCAGAAGGAGUUCGAAUCGCUCGUGAAGCAGAAGCAAAAUGCAUCGCCAUUCCUAGCCUCGGACCCAGAGAAGGGCGACAUGCACCCGGAUGCGCGGCGCAAGCCACGACCGGAGUUCGAUGGCGAAACCAACCCCAACACGGGCGAGAUCGGCGGUCCCAAGAACGACCCGCUCAAACACGAGAGGGAAUGGACCUAUGGCGGAAGGGCGACGGAUUUCUAA